AUGUCAAAAUCCGAAAUCUCAGCUACCUCUGAUGUGAACGAGGCUCUUCCUACGCCCGCAAAGCAGACAUUAUGGAACCGCUUUAAGUCACAUAUGAAGAGAUUCUGGUGGGCUUAUCUGAUCGCACUGUGCGUCAUUGUUCUGGUCACCGUCCUCCCCAUCCUUUAUGUUGGAGUCCCUCAUUUCGCAGAGAACUAUAUCAACAACUCCGCGUAUGGAUAUAAUGGCCUCGAGAUCACCAAUCCCAGACCAACAGCCUUCCAUGUUAAGCAAAGAAAAUCCCUGCCGACAGGGGGUGCAGUAAGUGGAAGUGGUCACUUGGACGCAUUCAAUGCGACAUGCCGGGUUGAAGAGACAAACGAGGCCUUCGGGUCUCUCUCGGUGCCUCAGAUCUCAUUCGGCAAUGGCGCAUAUCUAGACAUCAGUCAAGAUGUGGAAGUAUCCUGUGUCGACUGCAUGUCUAAGAUUGCCACCAACGCUGCAUCAAAUAAGAGCUCAUCUCUCUUGCUGGAAGGUGCUUCGGAUUUGCACCUCGGGGGAAUUCCAACCGCGCACGUCAAUAUUCAAAAAACCAUGCAUGUUGGUAGCUAUAAUGUUACAGAAUAUCUCAAUGCCGAUGGUGGAUUCAACAUAAGCAGCAUAGAGCUAUUGGAUCCUCCGGUCGAUGGAUACAAUUUUAAUGCCACUAUCGCCGUGCGCAACCCGGGCGUAUUUAGUGUUGAGCUGGGCCGCGCAUCGUUCAACCUUACAUUAGGUGACAAGGAUUUAGGAUACGUCGUUCUGCCUCAUCUAUUUCUGGAACAAGAACCACGAGAUUCGGUAGUCCUCGGGUCAAUUGAUAAAGCUAUGUUGAUUCACGAAGCUAUUACAGGUGAUGAUGACUUCGGUACCGUGACAAUUGGCAUCCACGGGCACAAUUGCUCUUACAAUGGGGUGGACAUUCCUUACUUCACAGCCGCAAUCAAGGCUAUCUCUGCUCCUUCAAAGAUCGAUUUGUUGAAAUAUGCAUCAAAGUUGUUUUCAUGA